UGGAGUUUUGAACUUCUUCAUCUGUGGCCCCCGUUUGUGUUGUUAUGCUUGUUCCUUCGUUCAAGAAAAGACCCGAUAACUAUUCGACCCGACCCGACCCGAACCGAAUCUAGCGCGGGUCGACCCGAUCUUUCUUCAAUUCGAUCACCAUUGUCAUUGACGUCAAGAACAGUAAAACAAAAAUCGCUGUUACGAGCUCAGCAAGCUUUGGCAAAUGGGAAGACGUUGGCUUUCUUCAAGGGAUUGAUCUCCUCCAUCCCAAUUUGUAUUCUUUUACUUUCAUUGAAUUGCUUGAUCGGUGGUUUUGAGUGGAGAAAUUUUUUGAUCUUGAUCUCUGCUUUAUCUUUUGUUCCUUGCUUUGAGGCUGAAACCAAUUAUGAGGCAAGAACAAUCUGAAGUUGGCAGGACCUAAAGAGAGCUAAUGAUCCCCCAGAAUCAUUGUACAAGAACUAAUGGUGAUAGGCUUUGGUCGUGUAAAGAGUUAAUGGGGAAUCAUUAUACAAGAAAUCAGGCUUUGGUCUUGUAAAGAGUUAAUGGGGAAUCAUUGUACAAGAAAUCCUUGUUGUAGAAAGGUGUGGUCAUGUAUAUGCUGUUGCAGCAGCAGGAACAGGACUCAAGCUUGGAGCAAAAAAUCCUGCUAUAUAAAAGGGAUGGUCCAUCCCGUAAGUAGAAUCGAGAAGUGGGAGGAGAAGAUGACAGAAGCUAAAAGGAAUGGCAAAAUUCUUGUAGUGAAUUUCAAGGCUUCGUGGUGUUUACCUAGUAAAGAAAUAGAACCGAUAUACCAUGAGCUUGCGUCCACAUACACCUCAAUGAUAUUUGUUACUAUAGACGUUGAAGAGCUCGCUGAAUUUCGUAAUGAAUGGAACGUGGAAGCAACUCCAACAGUAGUGUUCCUUAAGGAUGGGAGGCAAAUGGAUAAACUUGUAGGUGGCGAUGCUGCAGAGCUUCAGAAGAAAACUGCAGCAGCUGCAGAUCUCCUUCUCAGACAAUCUUAACUGUAUUCUAGUUUCCAUGUCGGAACAAAGAAACGGUUUCCAGUAGUUGUUUGCAGAUUAUGACAGUAUCACCUGAGAUUUGUUCGGUUAACUUUGAUGCAUUCUUGUAAUUUUAAUCUCAAUCGUAGACAUGGCUCUAAUUAUUGUAUGUUAAUAGUUGCCUUAAUAACAUUUGGAGUUACUCAAGAUUUU